AUGAGUCUCUAUGAGCGGAAAGAAGAGGGGGAGGAGGAUGUUCAGACACAUAAAGCAGCAUCUCCAGAACCCAGCUGUGUGUCUGUGAAGAGUGACAGAUCUUUGCCUGCUCCCCCUAAUCUCAGUGAUGGAGCAGUGACCUCUGACUCUCAAGUGAAGAGAGAUUAUGUGAUCAGAUCAGUGACGCCCCGUCUGACCUGCACUGGCUCCAACUCUCAGACGCUUAUCAGGCAGAGAGUCAAAUACCAGUACAAAAACAGCAUGAAGAACAAGUAUGAAAGAUUAUUUGAAGGAAUCAAACUACAGGAAAAUCAAUCCCUCCUGAACAGGAUCUACACACAGCUCUACAUCAUAGAGGGAAAGAGUGAAGGAGUGAAUGAAGAACAUGUGGUUUUACAGAUAGAGAAAAGACCCAGAACACAAGACACUCCAAUCUACUGCAAUGACAUCUUUAAACACUUACAUGAACCAGGAUUUGAGGAGAAAGACAAAAUCAAGACUGUUCUUACUAAACGCCAGUGUGUAGGUGAGUUUAGUCAAGCCUUUAAUGGCGACGGCCAACACAACAAUAACAAGAAGCCCCAAGCGCGAGCUCCGCCCAGGCCAACGUGGCCACGAACAACGUCAGGAGUCACGUCACGAUCCGACCUGAUUGAGAGCGGCAUAGACGUCACUGACGCCUUAGUGUAUUCUGGGAUUUGCACUGAGAUCUUUAAGGAGGAAUCUGUGAUUCAUCAGAGGAAAGUCUACUGCUUCAUUCAUCUGAGCUUUCAAGAGUUUCUAGCGGCUUUCUUUGUGUUUUACUGCCAUGUUGUUGAGAACAUGAAAUUACUUAAAUUCUUUAUGGAAUCGUGGUACAGGUACAAUGAAAUCUCUCUGUAUGAGCUGCUACAAGCAUCAGUUGAUAAAUCUUUAUACAGUAAAAAUGGAAAGCUGGAUCUUUUCUUGCGGUUCCUGCUGGGCAUCUCACUGGAGUCCAAUCAGAGACUCUUACAGGAUCUGCUGACACACACAGUGAACAGCUCAGAGAUCAUCAAGAGAAUCACACAGUACAUUAAAGACAAACUCAAGGGUGAUGAACGUCUCUCAGCUGACAGAUGCAUCAAUCUGUUCCUCUGUCUGCUGGAAAUGAAGGAUCAGACUCUGUACAGAGAGAUUCAGGAGUUUAUGAAAUCAGAGAAUCACUCAGUGAGGAAACUCUCUCCGUCUCAAUGCUCAACAAUCGUCUACAUGCUUCAGAUAUCAGAAGAGGUGCUGGAUGAGUUUGAUCCAAGAAAAUACAACACAUCAAAUGAGGGUAGAAGAAGACUGAUACCAGCUGUGGUGAACUGCAGCAAGGCACUGUGA